UGCGUGCGUGCAUGCGCAAAAAAAAAAAAAAACACACACACACUCGAUUGAUCCGACACACUCACGCAGAAGCUGCCGCGGUGCGUGGAGAGACGGACGGACGCUCAGUGCGCCAAAGGAACCGUGCGUGAAUGCGCGUUAUUCGUGGAUUUAACGGGAUUGUGUUGCUUUUCCCUGAUCUGUCCUGGAUGAAACCCUCAAACUGAAGACUCACAGCGCGGAAUUUCCUCCAUCUGCAUGUUACAGCCGCAGCUGUGCGCGUUACAUUUUGGGCAUACUGAUGGAUGUUUGGCUCAUGGACUGAUGGAUUUGACAUUAUGGGAGUCUAUCUGUAGGGUGUCAGAUGAACGUUGCGUCCGUUUUGUUUGGAGUUGCUGAUCGUGUCUUAUGGAUCACUACGGUCAGCGCGGAGUCGUCGUCAGACAUAUGGACGUCCCGUCGGGGGCUGUUCUGACACUGGAUCAGAUCAAAGCCAUCCGCUCUUGUAACGAGUAUACUGAGGGCCCCGCUGUACCGCAUAGACCUGCUCCGGGGCCCCGUUCACCACCGCGGAAUACAGACAAACACGAGAGGACUCACGAGGUGAUUCUGGUGAACGUGAAUAAUAAUUACGAGCACCGGCAGACGAAUUCACGACCGGCGACUCUCAGCCGCUCAACCAGCACGGGCAGCGCCGCGAGUUCCGGGAGCAACAGCAGCGUCUCCUCGGAGCAGUGUCUGCUCGCGUGGUCUCCGCCGAACCUGCAUAAUUACCGCCAUAGACCGGAGCGCGCCGUACGGAUUCAGCCGAAGUCUCUGAACACCCCUUCGCAUCCGCUUCUCCCACCAGAUGUACCGCUAAAACAAGCACAAGUGGAAAAGAUUGAGUCUUCUCACCUGUACAUCUGCGAGAAUUGCGGGAAAUGCAAGUGCAACGAAUGCACGGCGCCACGGCCGCUCCCGGCAUGCCUCGCAUGCAACGGACAGUGUCUGUGUUCGGCCGAGAAUGUCAUCGAACACGGAACGUGCAUGUGUCUGGUGAAAGGGAUUUUCUACCACUGUUCCAACGACGACGACGUGGGCGACCCGUGCGCGGAUCAGCCGUGCUCGCUGUCGCAUCCGCAGUGCUGCUCGCGCUUCCUGUGCAUGGGCUUCGUGUCCGUGCUGUUCCCAUGUCUGCUAUGUUACCUGCCCGCUAAGGGCUGUGUGAAAGUGGUCCACUCGUGUUACAACCGCGCAAACAGGCCGGGCUGCCGCUGCAAAAACUCAAACACUGUUUACUGCAAGCUGCAGAACUGGCAGCACACGCCUGGACAUGCGCCCGGAAAACCAUCCUGAGGCCCCUUGUAAAGAAAUAUUUUAUGCUGUUAGCAGGAUCAAAGGUUAGCGCGCUGCUACAGGCCGUGGAAACGUGAAAAGCCCUCAGGGUGGAUGGAGGGGAGGGGCCAGAGGAGAAAGGAGGGGUUAUCAUGCUAAUUAAUAUUCUAUAAGCUCCGUCCCCUCAUCUCCUUGCUGUUUUGGCGGAAAAACAUGAAAACCACUUGUUUUUUUUUUGGCAGGUUUAUUGUUUAUAAACCAGCGUAUGCCUUACUUAACUGUGUACAGCUACUAUCUAACAUAAAGAGCUGAUUGGAAAGACAAAAAGAGAGUUUUUGUGACUGGCGCUUUAGAAAUGACCUGCUACCAAACUUGUGAAGGACUUUUUUGUAGCCAGUCCAUAAUAUGUAGCUGUUACCGGAUCUCCAUAGCAACGAGGCGUGCUUGUUGUGGAACGGUUUCUAUGCAUCUGCUUCGUAUUCCUGAGGGCAUUCCAAACGUCUGAAACUCUGUUCUCAUUUUGUUGAUGGAAAAUUGUAUGUGCACAUUCAUAAGAGGAAUUACGGCUAUUUUUUAAAAAGAAAACGUUAAGUCUUUUGUUGUUGUUGUAAAAAUAUUUAUUAUGUGAAGCUCUAUUAUUUUAUGGUAUUUAUUGCAAAAGAUAGAUUACACGUGUCUGAAUAUAACAAAACAUCAACACUUACUGCAACAUGAAAGAGUGGAGAUGGAAACAUGUUUAACUAUAAUGCAAAAAUAUACAAAUUAAUGCAAAACACUGUGUGUGGUCUGGUUUCAUUUCAAGGGAACAGAUUCUUGCAGGUAAAAAACAGAAAGCAUGAGGAAACUAUUUAACAGGGUAUAGUUGAGUCA